GGCUGACACAGGCGGUGACGUUCAGAGGAGGUGCGGCAAUCGCGCAAUUGGGAGCGCGCUUGUCCAACUGACAGAGAAGCUUCGGACUGAACUGCACUGUUGUAUUGGAGUAGGCUCAUCAAUCGAGUCGCAGUCCUAUUUAAUCAACUAGCUGACUACUAUAUUGGAAUAGCCUUCUUAAAUAAAGAACCUUAACUGGUUUGUGUCGAGAAUGGAGAAGCACAAAGUGCUGGACCUUCUGCUGGUGGAGCUCCAGCGAUUCCUCGUCGUCCUGGACAAGGAGAACCUGAGUGGGAACGCAACCAUCCAAAAAGGCGUCCUCUCCGACCUGCUGCAAUCUUACAGGGGCAAUGGUGGUGAUGAGGAGUACAUUUACAUGAACAAAGUCACCGUCCCUGGGAAAGGCCAGGACAAGACGGACAAAGGUGAGAAAUAUGACCUGACCAAUGGGAAAGGAGGAAAACCUGUGCCCGCCCCUCAAAAGAGCCUUCCAGACUUGCCUCCACCCAGGACAGGUGUGGUAGGGAGGGAGCCCUUUCCCCUGCCUGUUGCCCUGCCUGUGACCCCGGCCCCAGCCUGCCUGGAGGAAGGGUACUAUGAGGAGGCCCAGCCUUAUGACUCCACCAACAACGACGACGGCGAGGCGGUGAGCAGCUCGUACGAGUCCUACGACGAGGAGGAAGUGACCAAGGGGAAGUCGACGCUGUCCGCACAGCACCAGUGGCCGUCCACGGAGGCGUCCAUCGAGCUGAUGAAGGACGCCAGGAUCUGCGCCUUCCUCUGGAGGAAGAAGUGGCUGGGCCAGUGGGCCAAACAGCUGUGUGUCAUCCGAGAACAUCGCCUCAUGUGCUACAAGAGCUCCAAAGACCAGACCCCCCUGCUGGACGUCAGUCUGCUGGGCUGCACCGUGGUCUACAAGGAGAAGCUGCCCAAGAAGAAGGAGCACAAGCUGAAAGUGAUCCCCAUGGGAGGGGAGACCCUCGUCCUGGGCCUGCAGAGCAAGGAGCAGGCAGAGCAGUGGCUCAAGGUGAUUCUGGAGAUCAGCCCCAGGCCAGCAGAGGGCCAGGAUGCCCAGCACCAGGUCUCCGACUCCCCACGGCUGAUCUGCACUAAGACGCUGCCUUCCCAGGUGGAGCAGAGCGAGAGGUACUCUGUGAUGUCAGAGAGCGGCAGCAGCACCGACAGCCAUGCAGAGGUCCCGGAGAACAAAGACGUGAAGAAGAAGUACGGAGCAGGGCUGAAGUUCAGCAACCUCAUGAACAUGGGCAAGAAGAAACCCCUGUCAUUAGAGAUAUCAGAGAAAUGUGUCGACACCUCAGGUUACCUCAACGUGUUGGUAAACAGCCACUGGCGUAGCCGCUGGUGUCUGAUCAGGAACGGACAGCUGUGGCUCUACCAGGACAAGGGCAAGACCAAGGUGGCCCAGCAACCGGUUCCCCUGGAGGGGUGCAUGGUGGUUCCAGACCCCAGCCCUGAACACCUCUACUCCUUCAGGAUCGAGAACGACAGAGCGCAGCUGGCUACUCUGGAGGCCAAGUCAUCAGCAGACAUGGGCCACUGGCUGGGCCUCCUGCUGUCCCAGACAGGGUCCAAGACCGACCCCGAGGAGCUCACCUACGACUACGUCAACUCAGAGAGGAUCUCCAGCAUCGUCAACGCAGCCAAGACGUCCUUAUAUCUGAUGCAGAGGAGGUUCUCUGAGCCCAACAACUACAUAGACAGCCUUCCCUCCGUCCCUCAUGGCUCAGACGACCUGUAUGACGAUGUGCCCUCUAUAGAGGCCGACCCAGAGGACGCUGAGGACAGCAGUCUCCUGGAGAGCCGGGAGGACAGCGGCGUGUGUGGUCAGGAGGAGCCGUGCGGCCCGGAGGUCAAGCCUGCGCUGGGCUCGGGGCAGGAAGCCGCCGACCAGGUUUACCUGGAUCUCAUACCGGUGAGGUCGUUCCUGCACACGUCCGGUGGGAGGACGUCUCCUCUAAAAGACUCGUCCAGUCCCACAGCAGCCCCCGCCGAGGGCCCGCUGGACCCCCCCAGCACCGUGAGGCGUGAGAGGGAAUGUCUUGGUUCUUUGGAUGUGGAAUCGAAUAGCCAAUCAGACCUUAGCCCUUCGUUGACCCAAAAUGGCACCAAUCCCACCGCUACCACCAGCAGAAGCGAACCAGAAAGCCGUUCCCCGUGCCCCAGUCCCAUCCCUCUCCAUACCCCGCCUCAGAAGAACACCUUCCCCAGCCAGGACACUCCGAGGAAGGCUAACCCCGGAACAAAGACCCCUCCUGUCUCCAGUGCAGCUCCCCUCAGCACACACACCCCCAAGACUCAGGUGGGACUGAGCACAGCCAGUCUUCCCCCACACAGUCCCCAGCCCCCCAGAGGAAGGAGCACCAGCAGUGGAGACAAGAUCAAGGCUCUGUCAACAGGUCACCCUGGAGCCAUAGAGGCCAAGCUGGGGAAGAACCGGACGGAGGCCGACUUGCGGCGCUACACGGACGAGCGAGACGGUCUGGAGCGCGAGAGGGAGGAGGUGAGGAGCAGCCUGGCCCACCUGAAGAAGCAGAGGAGGGGAACCAAGGAGGAGCUCAGCACCUGCCAAGACCCAGGGCUGCAGGCCUCGCUGGAGGCCUGUCUGAAGCAGAAGGAGGAGGCAUGCCGGGAGGCUGAGCGCCGGAGGGUGGAGGUGGAGCUGAGGCUGAUGGAGGUGAAGGAGAACCUGAGGAAGGUGGAGUCAGGGCCUUUCACUCUAGGGACCACCUUGAACAGUCUCCAAGACACGCCUACGCCAAAGGCAGUAUCUAUGACAACCACCCAAACCAGCAACAGUGGAGACUUGUCCUCACCAAUCAACUCUGCCACGGCUCUGAAGAACAGGCCUGCAUCCGUCAUGUCCUCAAGCAAAGGAAACGUCCUAGAGAAGGCUAAGGAAUGGGAGAAGAAGUCCACCACCUAGUACAGAGAGAAAAGGUUAUGUUUAUGUACAGAGCUGGAGGUCACCUGACUGUGGUGUCCAGGUGCCCCGUGUCCAGGUCCGCUGUUCAUCCCCUCACAUGGCCAGGCAGGGAGAAGCUACACUGGGCAUGAGAGCCAAUGACCAUCUCUGUACCAGCGCUCUCCACCCCCCCACCCCCUUCCUCCCCCUGCCCUCUCGCUAGCGUCAGGCCAACCAGAGACAAUGAUAGGAGCAAGUGCUUCAGAAAAGAGCCAAUCACAAAGAAGCACACCUGUCUCCUGGACUACCAAUGCCACUGGACAACCUUAGAGUUACAGACUAUUAAAAAAAAAAAAAAAAAUUAUAAGGGAGAUAUCAUCCAGUUAUUUGAUUAUAAUGGAAACGUUGAAUGUUUGUUCAAUAGACUGAAGUAACAUGCCCAAAGAUGUGGAAGAGACCACUGAAUACCACUUUCUGCCUUUGUCAUCUUGUUACCCCCCUACAAGGCCAUUUGGUACUGUCUAGAUCGUAGCUUGGUUCGUGUAUGCCGGUAGCCAAGAUGUAAAUACAUAUUAUUACACAGUUCAAUUCUGCCUGUUUGACUUGUUGUAUGCUAGCUAAAACUUGCACUUUUUACUCAAAUAAAAAGUAGUACUGACAGCAACCGAUGCAUUUAGUUUGAC